CUAGAUCCAUGAGUAAAGCAAGGAGGGCGAGUUCAGUCAAAGCAGCAGCAGUUCUGCUUCGACGUUUCGGAUGACAGAAGGGCUGAAGGGCUAAGACGGGUGCAUAUUGAACAUGGCUGAACCCAUUAGAGUCUUGAUAACUGGCGCUGCUGGUCAAAUUGCAUAUUCCUUGUUGUUCAGCAUCGCCAAGGGAGAUGUGUUUGGCAAAGAUCAGCCAAUUGCUUUACUCCUUCUGGACAUAACACCCAUGAUGCCAGUUCUUGAAGGAGUUGUCAUGGAGUUGCAGGACUGCGCUCUUCCUCUUCUGAAAGAAAUUGUUGCAACUGAUAAAGAAGAGGUGGCCUUUAAGGACUUGGAUGUAGCCAUCUUGGUGGGCUCCAUGCCGAGAAGAGAGGGCAUGGAAAGGAAAGACUUGCUCAAGGCUAAUGUGGCAAUUUUCAAGAGCCAAGGAGCUGCACUGGAUAAGUAUGCCAAGAAGACAGUAAAGGUAUUGGUUGUGGGAAAUCCUGCCAACACAAACUGUCUCAUUGCAGCCAAGUCUGCACCCUCAAUCCCUAAACAGAACUUCUCCUGUCUCACCCGUUUGGACCACAACAGGGCUCGCUCUCAGGUGGCAAUGAGGUGUGGAGUUCCAGCCACUCAGGUGAAGAAUGUGAUCAUCUGGGGAAACCAUUCUUCUACCCAAUACCCUGAUGUGCACCACUGUGUUGUCAAUGUGUCUGGGAAAGAGCUGCCAUGUUUUGAAGCAGUGAAGGAUGAUGCUUGGCUCAAAGGAGAUUUUAUCGCUACUGUGCAGCAGAGAGGUGCUGCUGUCAUCAAGGCCCGGAAGCUGUCCAGUGCCAUGUCUGCAGCAAAGGCCAUCUGUGACCACAUGAGGGAGCUGUGGUCAGGGACUCCUCAGGGGGAGUUUACAUCAAUGGGUGUUUACUCUACUGGAAAUCCGUAUGGUGUUCCAGAUGAUCUUGUCUACUCAUUCCCUGUCCAUAUUAAGGACAAGCUUUGGAACAUUGUUGAUGGCCUGGCCAUCAAUGACUUUUCUCGUGCAAAGAUGGAGGCAACGGCAAAAGAACUGAUAGAAGAAAGGGAUACCGCUGUGGAGUUUCUGGGCGUAUGACUGCAGUGUGCAAGUCCACCUGACAAUCACUUAGACAAUAAAGCACCAGACGCACGACUGUGACAUACACUCCAAUACCUUUGAAACAUUUUAUGUGUACACCACUGUGAGCAUUACUGGUGGUAAUUCAGGAUUAACCUGGAUACACAUAUUUUAGUUAUAGUUUAGAUUUGAUUUAAUCCCAAACAUGAAAAGGUCACCAGUUCCAAAUCUAUCUUCUGUUAUAACCAUUGUAAAAAAAAAAAAUACCUUUCCAAACACUGUUACAUUUAAAUUUUGAAUAAAAAGCGUAAGAUGAGACAAAAUAAAUAAAUGUUUGCACUGUUGCA